UUAUUAACGAAAAUGUGGAACUUUAAUAUCGAGGAAAAGGAUGCUGAAUUUCGUGACGAUUUACGCGCGGCCUCAGGUGUUGGGCGUUCGAAGAAGGCAAGGAAGCCAUUUCGUGCCAUUGUUGGCGAAGGCAACCAAGCAUAUAUUGACGGUAAUGUCCCCGAGGCUAUGCGUAUCAUGCAGGAAGUUAUACGCAUUGAGCCUCGGGCGCCGGCGGCAUGGACUGUGUUGGCGUCAUGUUACGAAGGCAUGAACGAGUUGCAGAAGGGGCUUCAACUACGAGUGAUGGCUGCACAUCUGACUCAUGACGCAGACGCAUGGGAGGAGCUCGCCCAAAAGUCCAAAGAGAUGGGAUAUAACCAGCAGGCCCUGUACUGCUAUGGAAAAAUUUACAGCCUCGAUCCUAGCAACGUAAAUGCUCUCUGGGACCGCGCGUCGCUCGCUAGAGAAAUUGGUGACCUGCGGAUUGCUCGCCAGACACUAUUGGCCAUCCUCAAGCGAUUUCCGCACAAUCUUAAUGUGCUAGAGGAGAUUCGACCCAUUCUUAUUGAACUCUCAGAUCUCGCCUUAUGCGCAUCACUAUAUGCUGAUGCGUUCGUGCACUACCAGGGAACAUUCCCUUCGGGCAUGGGCUUUGAUCCGGAGAUACAGCAGGAUGUGCCUGGCGGAGGCUUUGGCUUGAUGCAUCUACUUGUUCUCGCUGAUCUACACAAUACUCUUGGCCAAUACGAGAAGGCAAAAGAAACAAUUCGGAGGGGAUGCAGGUGGCUGCAGGGCCGUGCCUCGCAGAAGUUCUGGGACGUCUGCGAGGACGAUCGAGAGUAUGAUGUCGCGGAAGGUGUCAGAAGUGCGGACGUAGAACUGCAGCCAGGAAUGUAUCCCCUGGAUAUUAACGCUCGGCAUCGACUCGCAGUCUCCAGAAUCAAGAUGGGAGACAUUGAGGAGGGCAAGACACACGCCGCUAUCAUACUGUCACAAGACGCUACCGAGUAUUCCGCCCUUUUUGGCGAAAUCGCAGAUGCCUACUAUGAGCGUGAAAUGUAUGUUGAAGCAGGACAUAUCUACGAGAUUCUUGGCGGAGAUGCAGGAACGAGUAGCUUGUAUGUCUUACUCCAAGCUGCCGCGUGCCGCCGCAUGCUUGGCGAUAUCAAGGAGGCGGCGGAGGUUUACGAGCAUAUAAUUGUUGCCGACCCCACUCACAAUGAGGCAAAGAUGAAGCUCGCCGAGAUAUACGAGAUCAUGAAUGAACCGCGGAAAGCCUUGGAUCUCGUCAUGCAAGGCAAGCGCUCUGAUAUGCUGCGUGCGAGACAGGAACAUGCAGAAGGCGCUAUCGAAGAAGCGACGACUUCCCUCUUCGAAGAACGAGCGCGCCCGAAGGGCAAAGCGGGGUCAAAGAACGCGAACAAGCUCAGUAUCGCGCAAUUAAAAGAACUUGAGGCGAAGAAGGAGCGGGAGGUCAUCCAAAGCUACCAUAGAAUCAAGGAGCUCUGGCCUCGUAUGCUCGCGGGUGAGGAGGAGGCUGAACGCGAGUGGCUUAUGGAAGCCGAGAAGCUGGUCGAAUCGUUCAGGGAGACAAGGCCUUUGUUUCUGACGAGCAGGCAUCAGGGCUUCCGUGGAAUGUUCCCGAGAAGCUCGAGGAGGCAAACAGCUGAGGCGAGCGAAGAGAGCAUGGCUGAUCGAUUGCAACUCGAGCUUGGUGGAGGGCGCGAGGCUGUCGUGCGGAAGACCAAAUCCGAGGUCAAUCCCGGCGGCAUUGAUACAUUCCGAACCAUCUCAUUUGAUGAUUGGCUUCAAGUAUUCCUACAUUACGCUUUUUUGCUCACGAAACGGGAUCAAUAUGACCUCGCUCAGGAGGUGCUCCGUCACAUCGGCUAUUCGAAUGCGUAUCAAAGCCGCAUAGCGCAAGAUGCCAUAAGACUCGCGCUUAUUACAUGCUCUAUUCAUGCUGGCGCUUUCGCUACCGUUGUGGAGCAAUCUCGCAAGCUGAUCAAUGUCUACCAAUUCAAUAAUGAGCCUUUGCGUAUUCUAGUCGCAUCCCUGGGGAGCGGGCUGCGUCCAACGGACGCCUUCCUUGCUUCCACACUCUAUAAGCACCUUCUACGCGAGCUCAAACUCGCUGACACAGCGCUCAAAAGUCCCGAUACCCUUAAGUGGAAUGCUCAGCUCCGCCGGUACGGCAGCGGAGGUGCUAGCGUGAAGGACGAGGUCGACGAGGAUGACGAUACGCUCGUCGAAGGAACACCAGCCCCAGACCAGAAGGCAGUCGGAGACAAGGCUGCCCUUCCGACGAAGGGUAACCCGGUCAGCAUUGCGCUUUACGGCCAGAUAUGCCUUGCUGCGAAAAGUUAUCAGAGCGCUCUAUUUUAUUUGUUGCAUGCGUAUGACUACUGCUCACAGGACCCGAUGAUAAACCUCUGCGUUGCGAUCGCAUCUUUUGGGCGUGCGAUGCAGCGACAAGCAGAUAAUCGGAACCAUCUCAUCGCCCAAGGCAUGGCGUUCCUAUCGAGGUAUCGGGCGCUUCGCGGAGCAGAUGCUGAAGGAAUGGACGAAGUCGAGUUCAACUUCGGGCGUGCGUUUCAGCAGCUAGGUUUACACUCUCUUGCGGUUCGUCAUUACGAAAAGGUCCUAGAGGCGGCCGAACGCACAUGUAGGGACGAUGCUGAGGCAGACUGUGGACUGGCGCGUGAAGCGGCUUACAAUCUCUCGCUAAUCUUCGUAACCACCGGCGCCACUCCAUUAGCCGAAGAUUUGUACAGACGGUGGUUAUCCCUGUGAUCACCAUCCUUAUGGGCUGUUGCUCCGAAGUCACCGCGAUCUCGAUCAAGACUAUACCCGUCUAUCAGAGGUAUCUUCUAGCAGGCAGGCGGCCUCCAGCAUCGCAAUUUCAGCGCACAUAGAUCACCCGUAUAGCAUAUAUGGUUGAUGCAAGGCGAGAACUUCGUUACGAUACCCAACAUAUUCACCUGGACGACGCAUGCACCAUGACGGCGGCAGCACUUGCAGUGUGUACCUUACUCCUGUGUCAUCAUCGCUUUGACGCUCUACAAGAGCUGAACACAGUACUACUCUAGUGUCUGUUUCGCGAGUUGUCUCGAACACUUGCAGCCGCUACGUCUCGCUGUAGAAAAUAUGGUUGAGAGCCACUCGAAUCCCUAUUCAAGUAAACGUUGCAUACAGUGU